CAGGUGGCCAAAUUCUCCACCGAGGGCAGCACAGACAGUGAUCGUGAGAGAUGUCAAUUGGUAACAAAUUCUGUGAAAUUUUCACACAAGGAUUUUAAAAGCUUCCUGACAAGUGUGAACAUAAGCAGCACAAGUAUAAAGUUCUAAAUUACAGUAUGGCAGAUAUUCGCUUAUUGGAAGAAAGAGUCGAGGCUCUGGAACGUCAGAUUUAUGGUCUCGACAAAACUCCAACAUUGGAAGAAUUCCCAUCGACGACCCCUAUUGUGGACAGCGUUUUCCAUACAAAUACGGUAAUCUUAUCUGCCUUAUCUGGGAGAGAAAAAGCAAAUGCCAUGGUGAAAAGACUAUCGGAACUAAAUUCUUAUCUGGAUCCAGAUUGCGAGGAAAUAAGUUUACAAACUGACGCAAAACUAGAAUUAAUUCUGGCUAUGGAGUAUGAAAUUAAGGAGAAUGUUUGUUUGCUCGAGAAACUCCAGGAAUUAUUACCCGCAUUAGAGACGGAUCGAAUUCGAGAUUUGCCUGAACUAAAUGAUAAACUUAAUACUUUAACUCUCUUGUACCUUAAAGAGUAUGAAAAGACAGAAGCUAUAAAUGAUAAGAUUAGAGACUUUAUUGCAAAAUACAAUGCUAUCAUAAGAAGCAUCGCAUUGGCUUUUUUUAAAGCAGACGCCACUCUAACGGCAUUGGAGGUAGCUGCAGCUCCUAAAAAACAACUUGAUUAAAUUUUAGUAUGAAACUUGAAAGUAAUAAAAUAAGGAAGUAUUGUGUAAUAAUCACAUAUAUAUAUGUAUUGUUUCGACCUUGUAUAAAAAUACUACACUUCCGUCAGAAGAUACGUUUACGUGUACAUAUAUAUUCGGUAUCAUAACAUAACAAUAUAUCUCAUUGUAAUAGU